GCUGAGCUCAGAGCUGCCGCAGCGCGCGAGCUGGAGCCGGAGUCCGAGCGCGUGAGCGAGCUGGGCGCUAGGCGCGAGCGGUGGCUGCCGACGCACCCAAGGCGCGGACAGUACUGCGCCCCUGCCCAGGGCCCGCGCCCCGCCUGCUGCAGCCGGACCUGAGCACCUGGCCACGGCUCGACCUCCCAUCGGGCCCUGAGCUCACCCCAGCACUGCCUAGCGCCCGCGGCAGACGCAACAGCAGCUCCAUCCCCAGCCCCCGCCCCGCACCCAGGUGAGGCGGUCGCGCUCCGGGCGCGGGGGUGGAGAAGGCACUGGGGAAGUAAAGGGGACUGGUCUGGUGUGGGAGGGGCUGGACAACUGAGAGAGGUCUGCAGUGGGACGCCAGGAUGGACGUGUUCAUGAAGGGCUUGUCCAUGGCCAAGGAAGGCGUCGUGGCCGCCGCGGAGAAAACUAAGCAGGGGGUCACCGAGGCCGCAGAGAAGACCAAGGAGGGCGUCCUCUACGUCGGAAGCAAGACCCGAGAGGGGGUGGUACAAGGAGUGGCCUCAGUGGCUGAGAAAACCAAGGAGCAGGCAUCACAUCUGGGAGGAGCUGUGUUCUCUGGGGCUGGGAACAUCGCAGCAGCCACAGGCCUGGUGAAGAAGGAGGAAUUCCCCGCCGAUCUGAAGCCAGAGGAAGUGGCUCAGGAAGCUGCUGAGGAGCCACUGAUCGAGCCCCUGAUGGAGCCUGGAGAGAAUUAUGAGGAACCACCCCAGGAGGAGUAUCAGGAGUAUGAGCCAGAAGCAUAAGGGCCCAGGACCGCCCGCCACCAGCAGCACAAUCCACUCCCUGUCCUCCGCCCCCCUCCCCAGAACCAGGGCUGUCCUUCUGCCCCUUUCCCCCCAAACAUGAGAUCUUCCUUCGCUCCAAGGCGCCUCCUUGGAGCCUGUGUUAAGUGUCUGUCUGUCUGUCCUACCCGCCCGGGUCCAACCCUGUGGCGCAUAAGGGGUCAGGGCUGCCGCCAAGGCUGGGAGCCUCACCUCACCUGUGUUGCCUCCUCCCUACCCGUUCCCGCCCAAUGUCUGCGCGAAUGUAGCAUGUUCUAUGUGUUUUUAAACGGAGAUCCGAAAGAAAAGACUCCCCGCCCCAACCCCAAACAGAGGCUCUCCGAAGGGGUCACGGGGCAGUCCUAGAGCCCUCCACCCUACUCUUACUUCGACCCCAAGAGCCCUUUUUUUUUUUUUAACCAAAACCAGGAGUUAGGCUGUGCCAUGCCCCCUCCUCCAGCCGGCCCGCUCCGCACGGGCGUCAUAUGUCGUGAUUGUGGCAUGGAGAGUGCCCCAACCCCCGUGUGAGCGUGUCCCGGGCGAGCGGGCCCGGCCGCCCCACGAGUGCCCCUGAAUAAAGCCAAUCUGUCUGUA